UGCCUUUAACUGCCCAAAAGAUUCUCCAGCUAGCUUUGUCAAAAUCAUUUUCUUUCUUCAUCUCCUUCUUGUGUUUAUCUCUCUCUCUCUCUCUAAAUCAUCUCAUCUAUUUUUCUUGAUCUCUUGUUCUUGAAUCUUUAAACUAAAAAAGAGUGACAAAUACACAUAUAUAUUGUUACACUGUUAUAUAGUUAUGGCGGUUGUGGUAGAAUCAGGCGUGGUGUUGAAUCAUGGAGGUGAUGAGCUUGUGGAUUUACCACCUGGAUUCAGGUUUCAUCCAACAGAUGAAGAGAUCAUAUCAUCCUACCUCAAAGAGAAGGUUUUAGACAGCCGAUUCACGGCUGUGGCCAUGGGAGAAGCCGAUCUUAACAAGUGUGAGCCCUGGGAUUUGCCAAAGAGGGCAAAGAUGGGGGAGAAAGAGUUUUACUUCUUCUGUCAAAGGGACAGGAAGUACCCGACCGGGAUGAGGACGAACCGUGCAACCGAAUCCGGUUAUUGGAAAGCGACCGGGAAGGACAAGGAGAUCUUCAAAGGCAAAGGUUGUCUCGUUGGGAUGAAGAAAACACUUGUGUUUUAUAGAGGACGAGCUCCACGAGGUGAAAAGACUAAUUGGGUCAUGCAUGAGUAUCGUCUUGAAGGCAUAUAUUCUUACCACAAUCUCCCCAAAACCGCAAGGGACGACUGGGUCGUGUGUAGGGUUUUUCACAAGAACAAUCCUUCCACUACAACUCAACAAAUGACGAGAAUACCCAUGGAAGAUCUCGCAAGAACGGAUUCUCUAGAAAACAUUGAUCAUUUCCUAGACUUCUCAUCUCUUCCUCCUCUCAUAGAUCCGAGUUUCACGGGUCAACUCAACUUCAAACCCAUCAACCCUCCAACAUACGACAUCUCAUCACCCAUCCAACCACACCACUUCAACUCUAGUUACCAACCAAUCUUUAACCACCAGGGCUUUGGUUCUGCUUCUGGUUCCGGCUCUACGUACAACAACAAUAACAACAACAAGGAGAUGGUCAAGAUGGAGCAGUCUCUUGUUAGUGUAUCUCAAGAGACAUGCCUAAGCUCAGAUGUCAAUGCGACCACGACCGCAGAGGUGUCUUCGGGUCCGGUAAUGAAGCAAGAGAUGAGUAUGAUGGGAAUGGUGAAUGGUAGCAAGUCUUACGAAGAUCUAUGUGACUUGAGGGGGAUCUUAUGGGACUACUGAAUAAUUUUACUUAGUUUGGGAGAAUUAUAGUUAUUUUAUUAUUUAAUUGUGGUGAAAGAGUAUAUUUGUUAGUAGUUAAUACAUAUACAUGUAGGAUUUACUAGGGGAUUUAUCCUUAUGUUCGCUUCUUUAUUCAGUUGAUUGGUUAAUUAGGGGUUGUGAUUGAU